UGUCCAGCUCUUAACUCUCAAGUCCUUCCGUCUUUCUCUGCAUUUUCUCACUGUCCUUCUCCCUUUGCGUACAAAUUCACAGCAAUUUAUUCAAAUUCAUAGCCAAGAAGUAGAGGAAUCAAGUCCAACAGGAAGCAAGAAUGGCUCUGAAAAUUAAUGCAAUGACCUUCUCUUCAUCCUGCAAGCCCCCUCCUUGUUUCCACACACCCAGGUCUUCCAAGUUCUCCAUGGCUUCAACUCUCCAUCCCACCACUAAAGAAGUCAGCAAUCUGAAGAAGCCCUAUUGCCUUCCGCAAGAGGUGCAUGUUCAAGUGACAAAUUCCAUGCCACCAGAAAAGGUGGAGAUUUUCAAAUCCUUGAAUAAUUGGGCUGAAGAGAACAUUUUGGUCCUCCUAAAGCCUGUUGAGAAUUGUUGGCAGCCAACUGAUUUCCUGCCCCAGCCUGAAUCAGAAGGAUUCUAUGAGGAGGCCAAGGAACUGAGGGAAAGAUGCAAAGAGCUCCCUGAUGACUAUUUGGUUGUAUUAGUCGGAGAUAUGAUCACAGAAGAAGCACUUCCAACUUACCAAACAAUGUUGAACACAGUAGAUGGGGUCAGAGACGAAACAGGUGCAAGCCUUACUCCUUGGGCAAUAUGGACAAGGGCCUGGACUGCUGAAGAAAACAGGCAUGGUGACCUUCUCAACAGGUAUCUCUACCUCUCUGGACGAGUAGAUAUGAAACAAAUCGAGAAGACAAUUCAGUAUCUAAUAGGGUCAGGAAUGGAUCCUAAAACAGAAAACAACCCAUACCUUGGGUUCAUCUACACUUCAUUCCAAGAAAGAGCGACAUUUAUCUCCCAUGGGAACACUGCAAGGCUAGCUAAGGAACAUGGGGACUUGAAAUUGGCUCAGAUAUGUGGUGUCAUUGCAUCAGAUGAGAAACGCCAUGAAACUGCUUACACCAAGAUGGUUGACAAGCUCUUUGAGAUUGAUCCGGAUUGCACAUUGUUGGCCUUAGCUGACAUGAUGAAGAAAAAAAUCUCAAUGCCAGCCCAUUUAAUGUUUGAUGGCCAGGAUGAUAACCUAUUUGAGCACUACUCAUCCGUUGCCCAGCGUAUUGGAGUGUACACUGCCAAGGACUAUGCUGAUAUAUUAGAAUUUCUUGUGGGCAGAUGGAAUGUAGAAAAGCUAACAGGUCUUUCUGGCGAGGGCCGUAAAGCUCAAGACUUUGUGUGUGGAUUACCUACGAGGAUUAGAAGGUUAGAGGAGAGAGCUCAAGCAAGGGCGAAGCAAGCAUCCAACGUUCCUUUCAGCUGGAUUUUCGGGAAUAAAUUGAUUGUUUAAUCAUGUCCCCAGCAUCUAAGCUAUGGUGGAAAGCCUCUGAUGAAGUACAACAGGGUCAUUUCCAGACUGCUAUAUCAUAUCCCGACUUUGAUUAGAAGAUGUAUCUAUCGUACAUAGUUUCUUGAGUUGGUUGGACCGUUGGAGUAGAUGGGGUUUAUAGCGUUUAUGAGUCAGUUUGCUCCCUUUAACCCUAGAAACAAUAAUGAAGUUGUUUGUUUUAAAUACGUACCCUGUUUUAUCUAUAAUGGAUGUUCUUGAGCUUUCCAUGUUAAGCUAUCUUUAGGACGUGAACCCAAUUCCCCAUAACUCAUGAAUGUGUGUCAUAUAAGUUGUCUUCUCUAACUGAGUGAAUUUGUUUGCUUAUCUAACACGUUCCUUACCUCAUCAAGAAAGACAUUUCUUUCCA